AUGGUUAACAGUGGGGUGUGCAGUCUCCGUACGCGUUGCCUGCGUUUUCCUCACCUCCCGGAGACACCGCUUUUUCCGCCACUUCGUUUCUCACUUACUUGCCGGUGCCGGCGGGCUCUGGUCACCGCGUCUGCUGUCUCUGAAACGUACAAGAAGAAGGAGACUAGAGAGAAAGUCAUUGUGAUUUCUGGACCUACUGGCGCCGGUAAAAGUCGGCUUGCAUUGGAACUCGCUAAGCGGCUCAAUGGAGAAAUUGUCAGUGCCGACUCUGUCCAGGUGUACCAAGGUCUUGAUGUUGGAUCAGCUAAACCCUCCCCAAAUGAUAGAAAGGAGGUAAAACAUCAUCUGAUUGACAUAUUGCAUCCAUCUAAAGACUACUCAGUUGGACAAUUUUUUGAGGAUGCAAGGCAAGCUACAAGAUGUAUCCUUGACAAUGGCCGUGUUCCCAUAGUUGUUGGGGGAACUGGGUUGUAUUUACGAUGGUUCAUAUAUGGAAAACCAGAUGUUCCCAAAGCUUCUGCAUAUGUCAAAUCCAAAGUGUAUUCAGAGUUAGCUGAACUACAGAAAAAUGAAGAUUGGGAUGCUGCUGUGCAGUUGGUGGUAGAUGCAGGUGAUGCAAAGGCCCAAACUUUAGCAGUGAAUGAUUGGUAUCGAUUACGGCGUAGCCUAGAGAUUAUCAAAUCUAGUGGAUCACCUCCUUCUGCUUUUCGGGUGCCGUAUGAUUCUUUCAGGGAACUGGGUGAUUCUAGUGAUACCAAUGGUUUUGAAUCUUCCGAUGUCAAAAUUUCUGGCAAUUCAGUGGAAGAUUCCAAGUUCUCAGAUUUGCCUUAUGAGUUCAUAUGCUUUUUCCUUUCUAGUCAGAGGCUUGACCUAUAUAAAACAAUCGACCAGCGGUGUGAAGAUAUGCUAUUAGGAAGGGAUGGGAUUCUGUCUGAGGCUCGAUGGCUUCUAAAGUUGGGUCUUCAUCCCAACUCCAAUUCUGCAACACGAGCAAUCGGCUAUAGACAAGCUAUGGAAUACCUACUUAGAUGCCAACGACAUGGAGGGCAGAGUUCAGCUGAAGAAUUUUACAAUUUUUUGUCUGAAUUUCAAAAAGAAACUAGGAAUUUUGCAAAAAGACAAUUGACAUGGUUUCGCAAUGAUCAUAUUUACCACUGGCUCGAUGCUUCCAAGCCACUGGAUGCAAUUAUUGAAUUCAUUGACAAUGCAUAUCAUGAUUGGAGUGGAAAGCUCGUUGUGCCUGAACACCUUAGAAUGUCUAAAGAUAUAUCUAAUCGCCAAGAAGCUGCUCAACUUAAGUCUUACCGCACAAAAAAUAGGCAUUUCAUGAAAGAUGAAGAUUGUUCUCGUAUUCUGGAGUGGAUAAGAAAGACUGAAGAAUGAACCAAUGGUCCGUUUCCUUUUGCAUUCCCUCACACUGGCCUCAAUUUUGACAUUAUUGAAGAAAGAAGAAUGCUGUUCAGAUUGCACGUAAAGAUGCCAGAAUCAAGAAACGCUGAAAUGUUCAAAAUGGAGAGACUGGUCAACAAAAGCUGAGAAAGGUAUAGCAUGUAGGAAAGAAGUUGAUCAGCACAUGUAGGCUGAAGAAAACUGAUGGAACAUAAGGAUGAUACGUAUAUUUUGAAGAAACCUAUAGAAAGAAAUGAAUUUGCUUUUUUGUUUUAA